AGUGUAUGAAUUAACUACCCGAGGAGAGAUUCAUCGAUCAUGUCGGUUGCUGAGGCUGCAUCACUUCAAGUGCAAGGCGCGUCGUCUGGAGCGGAUGCCUCGUCUUCCAAGGAGGACGUUGUUGUCAAGGUUGGAAUGGUUGGAGAUGCCCAAAUCGGCAAGACGAGUUUGAUGGUGAAAUAUGUAGAGGGUUCGUUUGAUGAAGAUUAUAUUCAAACAUUAGGUGUAAAUUUCAUGGAGAAGACAGUGAGCAUUCGGAACGCGAACAUAACAUUCUCUAUCUGGGAUCUGGGAGGGCAGAAAGAGUUCAUCAACAUGCUGCCAUUGGUGUGUAAUGACGCUGCUGCCAUCCUCUUCAUGUUCGAUCUAUCGCGCGUUGGAACACUCAAGUCAGUCAAGGAAUGGUACAGACAGGCGAGAGGAUUCAACAAGACAGCUGUCGCUAUCCUCGUCGGAACCAAGUAUGACAUCUUCGCCUCCUACACCCCCGAAGAGCAAGCAGACAUCACGAAGCAGGCGAGACGCUACGCCAAGGCCAUGAAGGCUCCUCUCAUUUUCUCGUCGGCAUCGCACUCCAUCAACGUGCAGAAGCUGUUCAAGAUUCUUCUCUCGCGAGUGUUCGACCUCAAGUGUAACAUCCCUAAGAUCGUCAACGAUGGAGAGCCCAUUCUCGAGUACUGAGGGAGCUGAGAGCUGGUUGUUUGCGAGGAGACGCCUCUCCUGUGCGGGUGAAUGUAGAAAUAGUGAAAGUGUGCAGCAGUGAUACAGAUUAAACUCGAAAUCUUU